AUGGUCCCGGGAGUGGACACGCCUGGUCGUCUGGCCUUCAGCACACCAUCUGGCCUCACACAGCCACAUGCUGGAGCCACAGUUCACACAGCAGGAGCAGGACCCGGGACCUGGAAUCCCCCCGAGGAGGGGCGCGGGGAGAGGCUGGUGGAGCUGCAUGGCUCCUUCCGGGAGCUGCUCACCUUCUUCUGCACCAACGCCACCAUCCACGGCGCCAUCCGCCUUGUCUGCUCCAACCAGAACCGACCCGGGACCUGGAAUCCCCCCGAGGUGGGGCGCGGGGAGAGGCUGGUGGAGCUGCAUGGCUCCUUCCGGGAGCUGCUCACCUUCUUCUGCGCCAACGCCACCAUCCACGGCGCCAUCCGCCUUGUCUGCUCCAACCAGAACCGUCUCAAGACCACGUCCUGGGGGCUGCUGUUCUUGGGCGCCCUGGGCACACUGUACUGGCAGUUCGGGCUCCUCUUCGAGCAGUACUGGCGCUACCCGGUCAUCAUGACAGUGUCUGUGCACUCGGAGCGCAAGCUCUUCCCGUUGGUCACUCUGUGUGACAUGAACCCACACCGGCCGAGCACCAUCCACCACCACCUGCAGGCACUGGAUGAGUUUGCCCAGGAGAACAUCUACUCCCUGUACAAGUUCAACUUCAGCAGGGGCAGGGACACUCCCUUUGCCGACAUCCCCGGCCCCAAGCCUGGCUUCCAGCUGGACCGCAGGAUCCAGCUGCAGAGGCUGAGCCACCUGGGCAGCCAGUACAAAGUGGGAUUCAGACUGUGUAACAGCACCGGCGGAGACUGCUUCUACCGCGCCUACUCGUCCGGCGUGACAGCCGUGCGGGAGUGGUAUCGCUUCCACUACGUGAACAUCCUGGCUCUGUUGCCCACCGCCCAUGAGGACAGCCACCAAAGCCACGGCAGCCACUUUGUCUUCUCCUGCCGCUAUGACAGCAAGGACUGCCAGGCCCGGCACUUCCAGACUUUCCACCACCCCACCUAUGGCAGCUGCUACACCUUUAAUGGCAACUGGACUGCGCAGCGCCCCGGCAUCACCCAUGGGAUCAGCCUGGUGCUCAGGGCUGAGCAGCAGGAUCACCUCCCUCUGCUGUCCACUGAGGCCGGCAUCAAGGUCAUGGUUCACGGGCAUCACCACCCGCCCUUCCUGGAGCACCAUGGCUUCAGCAUCCGGCCAGGGACAGAGACCACCAUUGGCAUCCGGGAGGAUGAGGUGCACCGGCUCGGGAGUCCCUACGGCCACUGCACAGACGGCGUGGAGGGUGUGGACGUGCUGCUGCUGUAUAACACCUCGUACACCAUGCAGGCCUGCCUGGUGUCCUGCUUCCAGCAGCUGAUGGUAGAGACCUGCUCCUGCGGCUACUACUUCUACCCCCUGCCGGUGGGGGCUGAGUACUGCAGCUACGCGCGGCACCCGGCCUGGGGACACUGCUUCUAUCGCCUCCACCAGGACCUGGAGACCCGCCGGCUCCCCUGUUCCUCCCGCUGCCCCAGGCCCUGCAGGGAGUCUUCAUUCAAGCUCUUCGCUGGCACCUCCCGGUGGCCUUCUGCCAAGUCCACUGACUGGAUCCUGGCUGUGCUUGGCGAGCGGGGCCCCAGGGGCCAGAGCCAGAGGAAGAGCAACGUCGCCAAGGUGAACAUCUUCUACCAGGAGCUCAACUACCGCACGGUGGAUGAGACACCCGUGUACUCGGUUCCACAGCUGCUCUCGGCCAUGGGCAGCCUCUGGAGCCUGUGGUUUGGCUCGUCUGUCCUCUCUGUCCUGGAGCUGCUGGAACUGCUGCUGGACGCCACCGCCCUUGCCCUGCUUCUGGGUUUCCGCCGGUUCCGUGGGGCCAGCACUGCCUUGGGGGCACCCCACACCAUGCCAGAAGCUGGCGUAUGCCCACCGUCUACAGGCACACCAAAUGAUGUCCAGGGACCCGGCCAGCCUCGUCUCCCACAGAUGUUUCCAGGGGCCCUGGCGGGAGUCUGGGCUGAAGAGUUAGGCUGAGCUCCAGCCCCUUGAGACUCCUGACACCUGAACCAGCUCUGCCAAGGCCAGCCAAUCGCAUGGCCCUAUCCUGGGAACUGUGGCACCGGUGGGCUCCCCUGGCUGCCCUGGAAGCAGCACAGCCCGGCCGUGGGCAGGAGGCACCAGGCAUGUCCCAAGCAUCAGGGCCCUUCAUCAGCCCACCCACCUUGCCUGGUGGUGGCCUCUCAGGCCUUGAGGAGGCCACAGCAGGGAGGAGGGGAGUGUCCCCACCAUACUACAUUCUCUUGUUCCAGGUGUGACCGUGUGCAUGCGUGUGAAUGGAGGUGCCUCUGCACAGUGGUGUGUGUGUGUUUGGCAUGUGUGUGUGUGCAUGUUUCUGAGUCUGUCCACACCUGUGUGCACACACCAGGGAGCCUGCCUCAGUGUAAGGGUGGCCUCAGGGCAGCCAAGAAGAAGAGUCUGGGCUGCUUUGUAAUAAACCCGUGAUUCUA